CUAUGAAGUUAGGUUAAACAGCGAGGACAGAAAAGAACACUCAUUUAUAAUUUAUAUUUCUACGUUGAUUAUGUUAAUUUUACAGUAAAAACAAAAUUGUCUUAAAUAUGUCGAAAGUAACCAAAAGGAAACAUGUAAUGAAUGAAGCUUUGUGGGAUGACUAUGAGUUGCCAAAAGAAAAUCAAAGUAUUGUCAAAGUUUUGAAAAGUAGAGGCAACAAUCUUCAUGAGGUCACAACUCCAACCGGUGAAGAAUAUUUAGUAUCAAUGCCUACUAAGUUUCGAAAAAAUAUAUGGGUAAAACGAGGAGACUACAUCCUAGUCGAACCAAUAACAGAAGGAGAUAAAGUGAAAGCUGAAAUUGUAAAAAUUAUGAAUAAGGACUCUAUAAAAUAUUACAAAGAAAACAAUUUGUGGCCUAAAGAAUUUGAUGAUAGUAGAAAACAAGACGUGGAUCUUAAUGAAGACGAUUUGUUUGUUAAUACGAAUAGGGUUCAAAUGACUCAGUAUCACAGUGAAACAGACUCGAGUGACUCAAGUGAUGACAGUGAUAGCAAUAGUGAGAUAGAAAGUGGUGGCAAAUAAAAUUUAUUUUACA